CCCGCCCCCCGGGAGGGCAAUAUGUCAUUGGAGGUUUGCCACACAUGACUCCCUUUUUUUUUUCCACAUCCUUUCUCACAUGUUUGGUCAUGUGUGUCAGAUCAUCUCAAGGUGGGUGUCGUGUCAACUGUCACCUCGGACGUUAUUCCGAAAGGGAGAAUGCAGUGCUGAGCGAGCAUGGACAGACAGAAACGGGUCGUUAGUGUCAGCAAUUGUGACGUUGUGUGUCUGUCCGUGUGUAACUGUGUCUGUGCCUGUGAAUGGAGGGCGGAGGUUGUUCCGUCCUCUGUGGAUACACCAUGCCGCUCCGGGGAAUCUUUCUAUUUUUCUUCACCUCGUGGCCCGGACGAUACUACACUUGGUGAUUCCGUCGGAUCCGUUUGCAGAGAACAUUGAUGGCGGGUGAAAAUUUACCCGUGCUGGAGAACGGCGGCCUAUUGGAGGAUUGUGAAUGUCGGGGGUUUGUCUGCCUCUCUCUCUUAUU